AUGGCGUCAUCAGCUAUUUGCCCGAUAUCUGGGUCGAUGCGGCCUCUCUUCCACUUCACGGCUGAUGAUGCCGUUAUUCUAGCGAUGGAGCACAACAAUCACAGCAAGCUACUUGCUAUAUCUACGUCAAAAAAUGAAGUUUUUGUGACGUCGACGCGCAAUAUGCCUAUAAAAAACACCACAACGUUAGAAGAAGAUCAGGCGAGGUGGGAUCCAGCAGGUGUCACGGUGCUGAUCGACCGUCUGCGAUUCCCUUGUACUCACCUCGCCUGGGCACCAUGGCAGCAUGGCAUGUACUUAGCGUGUGUUUGCCGAGGUAAGCAAGUGCGUCUUUAUCGCCUCUCGCAUGGUCACUGGUCGCUGGACGAGGUGAUAACUGUACAGGACUGCAGUUCGGUAGCGUUUUCUGUUCACUUCACGAUGGCGUGUGCAUGCACCAAGGGGAAGGUGCUAAUAUUCGCGCAAACGACUGCUAACGAGGAUGGCACGUGGUCUCCUUACAGCACAUAUUCAUUAGAAGAAGGCAACGGUGCUAUGACUACGUCGCUGAAGAGCCGCAAUCGCGUCGUUAGAGGCUCCACGUGUGUUGGAUGGGACGAAACAGGCAGUUUUCUAGCGUUGGGAGACGAGGAAGGUGUUUUGCGCGUUUUUAAUGUGUCCAGUGAAGGUAGAUGCCUUGGUGAAGUGGCUUACACGUCUGAUCCACUUUCCGGCCGUGGGCGACGUGUGCUACAGGUGUCGUGGUCACCAGGGGCGGGUCGCAGCUUCUUUAUCCUCGCCGUGGUGACAUCUUACCGGGUAACACUUCUUUUUUUCAGGCGCGCACGAUUAGGCGUUUUGGUUUGUACACAGACAAACGCGGCGUCGCAGCAGCAGUUGCUACUAUGUGCGAAGACAAGUUCUAGUAUGGAGGAAGUGACAGAACUUUCAUGGAAUACCAAUGGUACACGUUUUGUCACUGCUCACACGGAUGGCGCAGUGUGUGCGUGGGUGGUAGAUAUAUCAUAUCAGCGAAACUCACGCGUGCCUCUUGGUGAGACUGAAGGUGAAGGCGACAGUGGCGGGAAUGGCAUGCUGCACCACACCGGCGCUUCAGAGCCGGAUGAUAGCUUGGUUCUGGUAACGUCGAUCCGUAAGGUUCCUGUGGUUCACCCAUAUCACGGUGGGGAACAGUGA